AAGGCGAGAGAAACGGAGUCAAUGAGAGACUUCUGUCCAGGUUGUUGAAGGAGCCACCGACUCCCAGUCCCGACACGACCUCUCCGACCAUGACCCGGACGCCCUGUUGAACCCCCCCGCGCAGGUUACCACCAUUGAGAAGUCGGCUAUAAACCCCAGGACCCCGUCUCCAGGCUCCUGCACAGGGCUGCGUGAAGGAAGCGAAGCUGUGUCUCUUCCUGUUGGAAACCUGGAUCCUCAACCCUGCCCACCAUCAUGACCAAUGUGGUGAUCGUCAAGGAGGGAUGGCUCCAUAAAAGAGGAGAAUACAUCAAGACCUGGAGGCCAAGAUAUUUUCUCUUGAAGAGCGAUGGUACGUUCAUUGGCUACAAGGAGCGACCGCAAGAUCCUGACCAGCUGGAAACCCCCUUAAAUAACUUCUCCGUAGCACAGUGCCAGCUGAUGAAGACGGAACGGCCCAAGCCCAACACAUUUAUCAUCCGCUGCCUGCAGUGGACCACUGUCAUCGAGCGCACCUUCCACGUGGAGACCCCUGAGGAGAGGGAAGAAUGGACUAAAGCCAUCCAGACAGUGGCUGAAGGUCUGCAGAAACAAGAGGAGGAGAUGAUGGACUCCUCUCCAGACCCCAUGGACAUGGAGGUCUACCUUACCAAACCUAGACUAAAAGUGACUAUGCAUGACUUUGAAUACCUCAAACUCCUGGGAAAAGGCACUUUUGGCAAAGUUAUCCUGGUAAAGGAGAAGGCCACAGGACGCUACUACGCCAUGAAGAUCCUAAAGAAGGAAGUGAUCGUAGCAAAAGAUGAAGUGGCGCACACACUCACAGAGAACAGAGUCCUCCAGAAUUCAAAGCAUCCGUUCUUGACAGGAUUGAAAUACUCCUUCCAGACACAUGACCGCCUGUGCUUCGUCAUGGAGUAUGCCAAUGGUGGAGAGCUUUUCUUCCACCUGUCAAGAGACCGGGUGUUCUCGGAGGAGCGGGCACGGUUUUACGGUGCAGAGAUAGUGUCGGCGCUGGACUACCUUCAUUCUGAAAGAAACGUGGUCUAUCGAGAUCUAAAGCUGGAAAACCUCAUGCUGGACAAAGAUGGACACAUAAAGAUCACAGACUUUGGUCUGUGUAAGGAGGGGAUCGUAGAUGGUGCCACCAUGAAAACGUUCUGUGGGACGCCAGAGUACCUCGCACCUGAGGUGCUAGAAGACAACGACUACGGCCGUGCUGUGGACUGGUGGGGUCUGGGUGUGGUGAUGUACGAGAUGAUGUGCGGCCGGCUGCCUUUCUACAACCAGGACCACGAGAAGCUGUUCGAGCUCAUCCUCAUGGAAGACAUCCGCUUCCCACGGACGCUCGGACCCGAAGCCCGCUCGCUGCUCUCUGGCCUUCUCAAGAAAGACCCCAUGCAGAGGUUAGGUGGAGGGCCCGACGAUGCCAAGGAAAUCAUGCAGCACAAGUUUUUCGCGGCAAUCGAAUGGCAGGAUGUUUACGAGAAGAAGCUGGUCCCGCCAUUUAAGCCUCAAGUUACCUCGGAAACAGACACGCGAUAUUUUGACGAGGAGUUCACAGCACAGACCAUCACUAUCACUCCACCCGGACAAGAAGACAGUAUGGAGUCCUUCGACAGCGAGCAGAGACCCCACUUCCCCCAGUUCUCCUACUCUGCCAGCGGGACGGCCUGAACAACUCUCAAAACAUUCCUCUGGUCCCACCGUCGCCCUAUCCCCCCCCACCCCACCCCACUCAACCUCGCCCAGCAACCCGCCCGACUGCACUCUCGAAAAACACACCGGGGGGGCACGAACACAGCCCGGCCCUCCCAGCGUUGUCUGCAGAUGCCGUCGUUGGAUGCAACUCUUCCCGUCUGAAAGUUGUGUGAUUUACAGAGGAGGAGAUACAAAAACACCAAUGUUACCAUUGUAAUUGUGCGUGGCCUCUGAAGACCGAUCCCAGAGAGAGAGAGAGUUAACACUAUCCUGCAUUUCCUGGUUGUUAUGCUGUAUACUGAGCAGGCGUCCAUACACCAUAAUAACAUGGGAAAUGUAUCUUUAUGCACAAAUUAGGCCACUGCUAUAAAUUUUGACCAUUUGGACCAUUUUAUAGCAAACAUAUUUGACAGUUUUAAACAGAAACAGGCAUACUGUCGACCAAAACCACCAUGUGAGCAGAGGGUCUGUGUGUGAGCGGGUAGUUUCCUCUUUACGACUUCUGACCAAUUCAAACAGCAUUCAGACAGACCGAGACAUUUCCGGUUUCUAACAUGAAUGUACCGUAUCAAAAUAAAGUCAACCUUUCUGCACACUUGCAUGUUUGAUUCUCCUAAAGAGAGGAGAGGAAUUUCUGUUUCUUUUUUACGUUUCUACUUACUCGAUGGAAAACUCUUCCACCAGUCAGUCGGUCUGUUGAAUCGUCAUCCCGCCGCAACUGGAUGGGUCUGAUCAAUCAAUUGUGCAAUACGGUCUGAUGUGAGGAGUGACAGACACGCAGAGAAUGCAGAGUGAUUAAUCAUUAAGGUAGAAGGCCGGCCUGCCCAGGACGCCUGUUGUUACCUGUUCAAACAUCCAAGUCCCUGAGAGACAGACCUCCUCCCUUCACAGUUUCCUGGUCAGCGUAACAAAUAAAUCCUCCCCCUCCCUCCCUGAAUUAAGUGCUUAUAGUUCCUGAUGCCUUUAUAUCUGGACGUUCUGCUGCAGACGGGGCCAUCGCUCAGAAACUCUUCUCCUCUGGGUUCUCCUCCAUGUACAGAACAGUAUUGGGUGUUUUUUUUUGUUAUUAUUCUCCACCACCCAGUGCAUUCGCUGCAGCCUCAGUGAGGUCACUUAAACAAAAUACACUUCUUUAGGAAUACUGUGUUAAAAAAACUGGGCUUUACGGGGGUAAACACACACACACACAGUCAUCUUUUUGAGUUGCUUCUUUUCGGGGGGGGGGGAUCGCCGCCCCCUUCACGAGCUUCUGAGUUUAUUUAUAUGAGACCAGCGUCGACUAAAAUGAGUUUUACUGUGCCAAUAAUAUGCACUUUGCUGCCCUAAAAUGAUUGUAUUUGGACUCUUUAUUUGUACUUUAUGGUUGGUAAAGACUAAAUUAGCUUCUUUUAUAAUGUAAAUUCAAAUGUGGAUAAAAAAACAAAUAAAACUUUGUUUGAAUGAUUCUCCCCUUUUUACAGACGGCCAAGGCUAAACUGAGACUCAUGGGACGAAACUGUUUUGGUUUUUUUAUUAUUAUUAUUUCAAAGUGUACAAGGAGGUUUCCAAAAGUGCUUCAGUAUUUUUUACGAUGACAGAUAAUCAUUUUUCAAAAGUGCAUCAUACGUUAUUGAAUGUAAUGGUUUUUACGAUUUUUGUGUUCACUUUCAAUCAUUUUGCAAACAUCUUGUUCAGUUUUGUUUUUUUUCAAUCUGAUUGUUACUUAUUCCUAUGCACACUCACCCUUUGCUGCCACCUUCUGAAAAUAGGGAAAUGCAUUUUAUACUUUUUAUUUCAACUUUUUUUGUUUUGUACCUGCCCUCCCGUUUUUCCUGAGACUGAGGACACCAGCUUUAGUAAAACAAAUAAUAUAAACUUUGUACACUGUUUUUACUUGUCUCUUUCAAAUUGCUGAAAUAAAAUGGUCUUAACAAUA